UUCUUGUCUGCUGGGCACUGACUAUAUUUAACCUCAAAAUUGCUCCCAUCUGUAGCUCCUGCGCAAAGAUGAAAGUGGCGCAGCGAGCGCCCCACCCCAAUGAAUUUGACUGGCUGUGAGCAACAUUGGUAUGACUGAGGAAAAAUUGCCUUUUGAAACAUGGCAAGAUUGAGAGCUGGAUAUAAUUUCUCUGUGAAAUCUAGCACUCCUGAAGAACUGUACUGUGAAAAGACUGAGGACUCAGUGGGAAAAAGUAUAGAGUUUUCUAGGAUAGAACACGACCAAGAAUUGCAGAACAUGUUUUAUGAUUCAAUUUUAUCCGAAUCUGCAGUGUCUACAACUUUUCGUAUACCUAAAUUUGCACACUUAAAUUAUGAAAGUUUUGAGGAAAAGUUGCCUCAAAAUCCUGAGAAUACUCAGUCCAGAACUGUGAAUGACACUAAUUGUAAACCAGGAGCUAACCAAUGGAGUGCAAGUAUGUCAAAUCAGUCUACAUCUUUUAGAGGAACAAUGCUGUCAACAAUCUUUGAAGAAAGUCUUCCAACCAUGUCACAGAAUGAAAAGGUUUAUCAAUCCAGUGCUGUGGAGACCACUACUACCAAAGGCACUGUAGAAAAUGAUUCAACACCAUCCAAGUCUCUCAAGUACUUCAGUGGAAAGACUGAAGUUGCCCCAAGAAGCAGAUCCAGAUCACAUUCUCAAAAAUCAUCUACGAAUUUUGAUUCAAAGAUUCUUGAAAAAUCUAUCAGCAAAAGGAAAAACAGAAGGACAAAAAGAUUGCCUAUUGAGCAGCAAAUUCGGAUACAAGAAUGGACAAUUCGCCAACUAAACAACAUUGAAGAAGCCAGCAAACAUGAACUAGUUAUAGAAGUCGAGUAAGUGCACCAAGUUGGAGAUACAAGCUUCAGAUGAGAAGGCUCCUUUAUGCUUGGUAUUAAAAGCCCAUUAUUGAGAUAAAGUAAGAAAUCUUUAAAAACUAUAAAAAUUUAAAUAAAGAAAUGAAAAAUAUUAAACUAGCUAACACUUUAAUUAUGAAAAAGUACUUAAUACAUUAAAAAUUAAAUAUUUUUAAAAAGUGGAUUUAUUAAUCCCUUUCUUGCCAUUCUGCCCUUUUGAAAUCAAUGCCUUUGAAAUCAGUGAGUUAACAGAUUAUGGGCUUGGUCUAACCUGGCAUAUGGUCUAAGACUCUUACACUCAGAAGUAGAUGUUGAGAAAUCUCAGCAAGAUUUGGCUGUUCUGCUGGGGUUGACAAGGCGAUGGUAUGUUUUGCCUGGAUAAUGCAUCUGUAUUUACUAUAUAAUUUGGAAUAAUGCAAUGUUUUGAGUAAGAAAAGCAGUUUAGAUACUAGAAAUUAUUUAUAUUCACUGGUUAACAUGCCUGUUGCCACAGAAACACAAGUCAAAGUUAUGUUUAAGUAAAUUAACAAGAACAUUUCAGCUGCUAUUUUCUUUAUGAUUUGAUUGAUUGACAAUUUCACUAAAUUUCAAAUCCAAGCCAGAUUAGUUCAUAUUCAUUUGGAUCCCUGGUAUUUUUUGGGAGUUUGUUUCAGGAUUGAAGCAAUCAGACCUUAUAAAAGCAUUCUUGUGUAGGUAGAAUUGAAAGUUAAUUACAUGGUUCAUAUUUAUAAAUGAGACCUUUAAAAUAUAAAUCACUAAAUGAAGGACCAACAAAUGAGAAAAUAUUUCACUGGUAACAGGUUAUUUUCUGAAAAGUAGCUGGCCAAUGCACAGCAGUUUAAUUUUUGUUUAAUUUUACUCUGAAUAUAUGGAGAGUAAGAAAUCAAAAAACUAUUUGUACCUCAAAAGGAUUGAGAGGUGAAAUAACUAUAAUGCAAUUAUAUGUUUUUAAAUUAGUUUUCUGAUACAGCAAUAAAGUAUGAAUCAUUCAAAGGU